AUGUAUAAUGUACCACCAACUAAAGUUAAAACAGUCAGUCUAUGUAAUGUAUCAGUAACUCUUGUGUACCAUGCGUAUCUAGCCAUUAUGAUUUGUAUCUAA